AUGGGAGAUUUCAAUGAGAUUGUGCAUAUAGAGGAAAGAAAAAGGGCGACCAACUUGUCAGCUUCUGCUGAAGACUUCAAAGCAUGGCUCAAUGAUAUGGAGUUAGUGGAUUUGGCAAUCAAUGAUCGCAAGUAUACAUGGUUUAGAGGCCAGUCCUGCAGCCGUAUUGAUAGAAGCCUGGUUAGCUUAGAAUGGCUAGAUGCGUACCCAGAUACUCGCUUAAGAGGAGGCCCGAGGGGCCUUUCAGAUCAUUGUCCUCUAAUAGUAGAAGAUAGAAGAAUAGCUCAGGGACCAAGACCGUUCCGCAGUUUAGACGCAUGGUUCACGCAUGAAGGCUUUCCAAAGAUGAUGAAGGAAGAAGGGAAGGGAUUAUGCGAGGUGCAGUUCCUGGAUAAACUGAAGGCACUGACAAAACCACUGGGUAGAUGGCACAAGCAGCACUUUGGGAAUAUACAUGAGAAGAUCCAAAGGUUUGAGGACGAGAUCAAGAAAGUGGAUGACAUGGUUAGCAACGGUAUAUACGAUGGUACAGUAGAAGCAAGAAGAAAGGCACUGGUAAGACGUUAUGAGGUAUGGUAUGAGAGGCAAGAUAUACACUGGAAGCAAAUGUCUAGGUCUCAGCAUGCCAAGGAGAUGGAUAGAAAUAUUAGGUACUUCCACAAUAUUGCAUCAGCAAGGAGAAGGAACAACCGGAUUGAGUCUUUAGUGAUUAAUAGAAGGUUGGUAAAGAAUCAUGCAUGGAUUAAGGUUGCAAUUAGAGAUUUCUACAGGAACCUAUACCACCAAGAUGAGUCGCCAAAUAUCAGUUUUCAAGAUGGGUUAGUUAAUCGCUUGGAGAUGGAGGAAGCUCAAGCACUAGAGGUGUUACCGAUGGUGGAGAAAGUAAAGGAGGCAGUAUGGGACUGUGAAUCAUCUAAGGCUCCGAGUAGCAAUGGAUAUAACAUGAACUUUAUAAAAAGAUGUUGGGAGGAGAUUGGAGUGGAAAUCACUAAAGCUGUGAUGAGAUUCUUCGAGACAGAGAGACUACCAGCAGCCUCCAAUAUUACUUGGGUAGUGUUGGCUCCGAAGUUUGUGGGCGCAAAGGAGAUUAAGGACCUUAGACUGAUCAGUAUGGUUGGUUGCAUUUAUGAGGUCAUAUUAAAAGUGUUGACAAGAAGAAUGAGGACUGUAAUGCCAGGAUUAUUUGGAGAAUCACAUAGUGCAUUUGUCAAAGGUAGGCGAAUACAUGAUGGAGCGUUAAUUGCCUGUGAAACUAUACAGUGGCCAAAAAUGAAGAAGAAGGCAUCAACUAUCAUCAAAUUGGACUUCCAGAAAGCCGAUGAUAGAAUCAAAUGGAAAAUUGUUGAUAUUGUGCUGGAAAAGAUAAGGUUCGGUAGAAGAUGGAGGGCAUGGAUUACAGAGUGCAUUAGAUCAGCUUCUAUAUCUAUAAUGGUUAAUGGGGCUCCAUCCAAACCAUUUAAGAAGGUAAGAGGGCUUCGACAAGGUGACCUGUUAUCACUUUUUCUAUUCAUCCUCGUUGUAGAUGUGUUAAACAGGAUGAUCGGGGAGGUGGUAAGAAAUAGGAGAAUAUCUCCUCUAUUAGUUGGCAGGGACAAUGUAGAGCUAUCUCACCUUCAGUUUAUUGAUGACACUAUAUUGUUCUGCACACCAGAUGAUAAGAUAGUGAGAAACUACAAGAGGCUCCUGAGGUGUUUUGAGGUCAUGUCGGGAUUGAGCAUUAACUUUGACAAGUCUAGUUUGAUACCGUAA